AUGUUUGUGCCGCCUCCGCCGAAAGUGGUUCCGCCCGUUCCCGUUGUGGCACCCUACGUGUCCGACGCAGACCAGCGGAAGAUGAUUUGGAAGCUGGGUAUGCAGCAGCAUCUGCGAGCCUUGGAAGGUGUCACAAAAGUGACCGACCAGUCAGAUCCAAGCGUUGCAGAUGCGGGCGUGCGCAAGGCUCGAGAGAAAGCCCGGGAUUUCAUCAAGCAUGAGAUGAGGAGGGACAUUGAGUCCGAAAACCGCCACCUGGUGCAUCGGUUGAAGGAGAUAGUGGAAAAGCCGAGCGUCAUCUCAAAGGUCUCGGAGGGUGCCAACCGUCAUUUGGGAACCCGCCGUGAGAUGCUGCAGCGCGAUCGGCAGAUACGUCAGAAGCACAUUCAGGCAGAGAACCAGUCACUGGUACGGCGACUUCUAUCUGUGAAGAGCAGCCUCAACCUGCAGGGCUUGGAGAAAGAUUACCGCAGGCACCGCCAGGACGUUGGCCGUCUCCAGCAGCUUCCAGAGAAAGGCUCCCGGCCCCGGAGACUUCCGAAGCUGCCAGAGAAGGUAGUCCCGGAGCUGCCGCAGGAAAGCUACUCGCCCAAAAGCUCCUGCAGCGGAUACAGGCCCAGGCCCUCCCGUCAAGCACUGCCGCUUCCUCCGCGGAUGACGGAAAGCCGAUCUAUGCCGAGCCUCCCCUCGGAGGCGACGGCUGGCAACGUACAGCAGAAAAUCAGAGCCGUGCCCAUGAAGGAGGUGCCGGAGGAGGCUCCCGCAGCUGAGGAAGGCAAAGCGCAGGUGAGUCCUUUGCAGGCGCAGCCUGCAUGGGUUGAACCCACGCCUGUGGAAGAGCCUCCUGCUAGCCUGGAGGUUCCAGCAGCAGAAGUGCACGAGAAAGGUGAGGCCAAACAACAGACGGAGGAGGACACGGAUGCUUCGGGAAAUCCAGCCGGGGCCACAGGAUGA